UCUGUUGACUCAGCACGCUGCUUUUGUUUACACUUCUGCCUGAACCGCUUAGAUAGCUGGUCGUUCCAGUCAAAGAACAGCAACUAGUACACAAUAACAGGCAGAAAACGAAAAGUAGGCUGGUAGUAAAGUUAACGUCACGGACAACGGAAUGAACGAAAGGACGUUUUUGCAACAGCACAGCAGUUGCGCUGACGGUGUUGUUCGGGAUUGCUUAUCCUCAGAUUCAGCCGGUUAUGGAUCUACAGAAAGCUCAAGAGAACCUCAGCAAUUGAGAUUCGACGUAGAUAUAUCAGGAUUUUCAAUUGUCGAGUAUUUGUCCUUAGAUCACAAUGUCCACUGGCUUAUGCAAACAAUCCAGGAUCGAUAUAAUCGAAUGUAUACACAUCAACGAAAUCUACCUAAAGCCUAUGCAAAGAAGAUAUUUUGUGUAGAAUUGGAUUGCGAACUACAGCCAGAAGACGAACUGUCUCACUGUUUUUCAAAAUUUGUUCGUGAAGGACGAGUAAAGAUCAUUGUGGAAAUGAGUACAGUGGAAUCUGAGUCAGAUUCAGAAGAGAAUGAAACAGUAGGUAGAGGCCACUCGAGACCACCCAGCUCAUCGAGAUCUGAGAGCGCAGAUACUGCUACUGCUGAUGCUAUUACAGAUGCAAGCACUCUUGCUACCGUUCCACAGGGCAAUGGAAUCACUAAUGAAAGCAGAAGAUACACUAUUGAAGAUCAGCGAUUGUUUUACUGGAUCUCGCGUCUGUCCUUUCUGUGGAAGUCUCCAUCUGACGAAUCUAGAACAAUCAAAUGCAGCAGAUAUUUGGGUCAAGGUUCCCUAACUCUCUUGGCUCUUUAUUACAUAUCCUACGUUGUUUACAACCCUUUUCUAGACCCUCCAGGACUUUCUUUCUCAUUUAAGACAACCAAUGUGGUUAAUAUGUACUUCGUUGUACAAGGAUUGCGGUAUCUGGUUAUAUACGGACUUGGAAUAUGGCUCUGCGCAAUUUCUCACAUUCAUCACGUGAUCAAAAAAAGUUCUCUUCACUCAAUCGGACAAGAUGAAGAAUUCGAGUGGAAUCAAGUGAACAAAUUUUUGUCCAAACGAGCAUUCAUAAGCAUUAUCUUGAUUCUUCUACCCGCACUUACCGUCAUUCCAGCACUAAGUGGCCAUUACGAUGGUUGCAGUCACAAUUUGAAAUUGGAUACACGUAACCUCGUUUCUAUUACAGUACCGAUUGAACUUGUAGGGUACGUGUUGUUUUGCAUCAUUACACUGCCCGUCUUUCUAACCGUUUUGUGUAUCGCCAAAAUUCACGUGGCCGAGCUUCGAACAUUCUCUCGUCGCAUGCUGGCAUGGAGAGGAGACAACGCCAAGGACGCUGAAGACCUCGUGCGCAAAAUCCAAGGAGCAGUUCGAUACUCAUCAGAUCGUUUGCAUACCAUUCUGUCAGUAUACUACUUUGUCAUGAUACUGUGGAUGAAUACAUGUGGUUGGAUUGCUGUCGACAAAUGGAUUGUUUUGAGAUCUUCAAAAUAUCAAUAUCAAAACUGUUGGAUGCCUGCUGAUGCAGCUCGAUACACCAUUAUUACCGUCACUCAAUUUCUCCGUUUCUAUAUCUAUCCGCUCUAUUACUUUGCCAAAUUGCCCAGAAUCUUGAAGAGACUCGUCGCUGAUAUUGCGACUGUCGACUGCGAGACACAGGCCGCAAAUGGCUAUUUGCUUAGAACGUACAAACUUCGAAAAAGAAUGACGAACGUGAUUUCGACUGGUCUAAAGCACGAGCCGCGUUUUGUUGUAUUUUGGUGCAUCCCAAUCUCUGAAUUUGGAGCAGUAUUACUCGUUUGCUUUACGCCCAUUCUUCCAGUAGUGUGGAACAGUAUACUAGCAAGUUAGGUUUUGUAGGUACCACGCAGAUCGUAUUUCUACGCAUUUUUUACAAUAUACGGGUGUUUGCUCUCUUGUCGAUGUAAUUUUGCUUAAUUAAUUGAUUUAAUUAGUGUUAUUUUCUGUGCGUUUGAGACAGUUUUGGCACAGAGCAUUAAUUUGUAAGAAACUG